CCCAUUUUGGGGCGUUGCCGCGCAUUACGUUGACGCAUUUUUUAGUUUAUUUAUUUUAUUUUUCUUUCAUUAAAUGGCUAACUAUCAAAUAAUAUUUCUACCAUUAGUAAUAAUCGUAUUACUUACUGUUUUUGUCGAAAAAGGAUUUUCAAUUAAAUGCUGGGUGUGUAGAUCUGAUUCUGAUCCAAAAUGUUCAGACCCAUUCGAUAACACGACAAUUCCAAUUACUGAUUGCAGUAAAGAAAGAGAAUUAGAGCAUUUGCCUGGAGUCAGACCAACAAUGUGUAGAAAAGUUCGCCAAAAAGUUAAUGGAGUUUGGAGAUUUUUCCGAAGUUGUGCAUACUUAGGUGAACCUGGUAUUCAAGGAGAUGAAAGAUUUUGCCUGAUGAGGACAGGUACAUACAAUAUUUUUAUGGAAUAUUGUACAUGCAAUAGUAAAGAUGGAUGCAAUUCAGCUUCAGGAAUUCAACUUAAUAAAUUUCUCCAAUUCAAUGGAAUUGUUACAGCUAUUUGGAUUUUUUUAUUUUCUAGAUUUUAGUCUAUUUAUUAUUAUUAUUAUCUUAACAUAGUUAGUUACAAUAGGUUUCCUUCUAUAAAACCUUGUUGUAUUUGUCAAAAUUUCAUUACUUAAAGUUUUCCUGUUGAAUCAUCACAUGUGCUUCACCAGAUUAACUGAUGUUUAUAAUGAAUACUUAAUUUGUUACGAUUUGUAAACCAUUUUAGAAUUUAAUUUAAGUAUACUUUUAGUACAAAAAUGAAAGGUCUUAAAUCAGAAUAUUGUAAAAAUAUUUUAUACCAUACUUUAUAUAUGCAAGAGAAGACUGCUAACAACUCCGUCCACAGUAACAUAUGAGUUAGUAUAAGUUUAACGCAUAAAUAACUAUAUAUCAGAAACAGAUAAUUUUUUAAGGCUUUUAGCCAAAGAUUAAAAAUUUUGUACAUAAAAUUUAGAGAAUUGUACAAGAUACUUUUUAUAAUUUUUAUAAAAAUUUCAUGUUGAAAUAUUAAAAUUUUGUAUUUAGAUUUAUUGCAUUAUUCUAUGAAUUCCCAAAAUACAAAGUUACCAUUGUCAAUACAAAAU